AUGGAUAACAUAGAUAUAAUUUUUGAUGAGUUGGAACGAAAUGAAAUUGAUAUUGAUAAGCAAACUUUAUCGUUUCAUAUAAAUACAAUUCUCGACCGCCAUCGAGAUCUAUAUCGUGCAGUAAAUGUUCGUGAUCUAAACCUUGACCAAAUCUACAGAGAGAUCAAUGUAACAAACUUUGGUUGUAUCAUUGCCUAUUUAGCUUUGGUAUGUGUACAAAAUGAUAGCGAGGAAUCUAUUCGUCACAAUAUACAAAAAACCAUCGAGGCAUGUCGAAUUUUUACUAUUCCCAAACAUAAACGAAGUAAACGUCCAAUUUUAAUAACACUCUCACUCACACUCACACUGAUAGCUUUAUAUAUCAGUCUAUAA